AUGGGCCUGGGGCGGUGGGGUCUGGCCCCGUCGCGGGCGGCCUGGCUGUGCGUCGCGGCUGCCGCUUUGGCGCUGGGGGCGGCGGCGGCGGCGUGGAGGCGCCGGCGGGCGCGCGGAGGAGCGGUGCGGGUGGGGACGGUGUCGGGGCUCUACCUCUACCCGCUCAAGUCCUGCCGGAGGGUGUCGGUGGAGGAAGCGGAGGUGAGCGACAUGGGGCUCCGCAAAGGCGACCUGCGCGACAGGUUUUGGCUUGUAAUUAAAGAAGAUGGUCACAUGGUCACAGCUCGGCAGGAGCCUCGCCUGGUGCUGAUUUCUGUCGCUUGUGAAAAUGGCCACUUGAUCCUGAAUGCUCCAGAGAUGAAGGAAUUGAGCAUUCCUGUCAAGCUCCCUGAGGAGAAUCCAGUCAAGAAUUGCAGGGUCUUUGGGCUUGAUAUUGAAGGACGGGACUGCGGGGAUGAAGUGGCAAGCUGGCUCACAGCUUUCUUGAAUUCAGAACCGUACCGGCUGGUGAACUUUGAGACUCAGAUGACACCGAGGAAAUGCGAAGAGAUUAAGUCUCCUUUUCGAACUAAGGAUAAGGUUCCCUACAGUGACUGUGGUCCUCUUCUGAUCAUCUCAGAAGCUUCGGUGGAAGACCUAAAUAGUAGAAUGAAGAAGAAAAUAGAUAUGUAUUGUUUUAGACCAAGUAUCACCAUUUCUGGCUGCAGUGCUUAUGAAGAGGACACCUGGGACAAGGUUGUAAUUGGUGACGUGGAAAUGAAACAGGUGAUGGCAUGUGGCAGGUGUAUUUUAACAACUGUUGAUCCAGAUACAGGAAUCAUAGACAGAAAACAACCACUGGAAACACUGAAAAGCUAUCGUAUGUGUGACCCAGCUCAGAAGGAUCUCUACAAAUCGGCUCCAUUGUUUGGGAGCUUUUAUGGAAUAGAUAAAAUUGGAACCAUUAAAGUAGGAGAUCCAGUGUACAAGAUGUCAUAAAAAGUCGUUUAAAAUGGGAGGAUGAUUACCCUAAAACAAUGUGUAUCCUAUUCAGUAACUGUAAUGUUAAAGUAACCUAGGGUCCAAUCCAGCCAAAGCAAUGCUUCUGUGUAAGUCCCAUACAUUUUGUCCCAAGGACAGACAAGGAAUUGCUCCUUCAAUC